AUGCAGUACUAUGCAAAAUCGGGAAUCAGGAGUGAGGACCAUCGAGUGCGGGAGCAGAGCGAGAAGAAACCGCGUUUGUCACUGGCCGACUCCUGCUGCGGCCACGAGAAGAAAGAAAGAAACCCACAGUUCUUCACUCUUGCCUUGACUUUGCUCCGAGUCAGAAGCCCUUGGCUAAUUUUGGCACCAAUUUUUGCAUCAUUUAACAAUCAAUUUGUCAAUAGAAUUACUCCCUGAGAGGUGAAAAGUUAAAAUCUUGAACAGUAUAUCUGGAGGGCAGAGGUAGGCCUAAGUACCUUCAUUGAGAUGGCACCCCCUACCAAACCCCCCACCACGCCGCAGUCCAACACAUUGUUGAAUUACUUCAGUCGUUCCGUUACGCCGAAAACAUCCAGCACUGCGACUACUAGCCGGGCAGAGGGUGAUAAUGACGACACACCGGCUGGUCCUUCGCCCUUUCGGGAAGAAUCCUCAUCCAAGCCGGUUGCUACAGAAGAGUCGAUAACUCCUUCGUAUGCUGGAGAGACUCCUAAAAAGUCUGGAAAGAAGACUCCUCUACGCAGACGGAUCCAACGUAUCGAAUCAGAGUCGGAUGAAGAGAAUCAAUCUCCCAAAGAGGAGGAGAAGGUCGUUCAGUCUAAAAAGAAGAAAAAGGCUGCCCCAUCCGAUGAGAGUGGAGAUGAUUAUAAACCGUCCGAUGAUGAUGAGGAGGAGGAUGAAGAGGAUGAAGAAUCAGCCGAGACGUCCGAACCAGAAAGUGACGAUGGAUCUGGAUCAGAUGAUGACGAUAAACCACGUUCAUCGCAGUCGCGAAACAAAAAGAGGAAUGUCGGGGGAAGUGGAAUCAAGAGAAAGUCGGUGAGUUCUCCAGUGGAGUCUUCUCUCAGGAAGAAAAUCAAAACAUUCUCCACAACCAGCAGUCCUGUAACCCCGACUAGUACCAAAGCGACGAUGAAAGCGAAAACUCCGACAGGAGCAGGCAAGAAAAUGGCUUCGGGGUCACAAACUCCUGGCGGCGACGGCAGCGAUGAAAGACAUCCCGUUGAUGGUGGUGGAUCUAUUCAAUGGCCACAUUUGAAAUUGGAGUGGCUGAAACCGGAGAAACGCCGAGAUUCAAAAAAACGUCUCAUGUCUGAUCCCAUGUAUGAUCCCACCACGCUGGAUGUUCCUAUGAGCUAUAUCAAUGAACAAACUCCGGUGCAACGACAAUGGUGGGAAAUGAAAAAGAGCUAUUUUGAUACUGUUUUGUUCUUUAAAAUGGGAAAGUUUUAUGAACUAUUCCACAUGGAUGCUGUAAUCGCAGUUGAAGAACUGGACAUAAUUUUCAUGAAGGGAGACGUUGCACAUGCGGGAUUUCCUGAAAAGUCAUACUCCUAUAGAGCAUCAACAUUGAUUAAUAAAGGUUACAAAGUUGCACGGAUUGAGCAAACUGAAACUCCGGACAUGAUGAAUGAGAGAUUGAAGACUGACAGGAAAAAGGGUAGAAGCGUACCAAAGUAUGCUAACGUUGUAAAUCGAGAAGUUUGCCAAAUCACUACUCGUGGAGUUCGAACCGCAACAGCUCUAGAUCGCCAAUAUGAAAAUAUCAAUCCAGAGUCGGCAUACUUGUACAGCGUGGUUGCAAAGGUCGCUAGUAGUACUUCUACUCAACAGGAAGUUACAAACCCAACCUUCGGAGUAUGCUUUAUCGACACAACUAUCGGAGAAUUUCAUGUCUCUCAAUUCGAAGAUGAUCGCUUCUUUUCGCGUUUGCGAACUCUAUUUUCUCAUCAUGUUCCUGCUCAGGUUAUAGUGAAGAAGGGAAAUCUUCCAAGCGGAGUUGACCAAUUAAUCAAUGGCUACGCCCAAGUACGGAAAGAGGAGUACAAUUCACAAAUUCCGGCGGCUGAAAAGAUUAUCAAAACUAUAAAAGAGGAUAGUUAUUUUUACGAUAAGGCUUCUGGAGACAUUGUUUGGCCUGAUGCCUUCAAGACACUGCUUGAUUCUGGAGAAAUGACUGCAGAAAAAGGUUGGGAACUUGCCGUUCAGGCUUUUGGACUUAUCACACAAUGUCUGAAACAGUUCUUGGUUGAUUAUGACUUGCUGUCACUCAAACGAUUUUCCAUUUACAAUCCGGUGGAUUCUUUAACAAUUUCUGGACCUAAUGAUGUCAAAAUGCCAACCAAUAUGGUAUUGGAUGGAAUUUCACUACAGAAUUUGGACAUUACAGAAAGUUCUGCUUCUUGUUUCAAUUUGCUGUCGAAAGUCAACACGUGCUUCACACCGUUUGGUAAACGUUUACUCCGUCAAUGGAUUUGUACCCCACUCGCCAUUCCUGAAGAAAUUGAGAGUCGCUUAGAUGCAAUUCAAGAGCUUAUGAGUUACAGCACUUUUAUAAAUCGUGCACUAGUUUUACUCAAAGGCCUUCCUGACUUGGAACGAUUACUCAGCAAGGUCCACUUGCUUGGAAGCGCUCACCGAAAGCAAAAUCAUCCCGAAGGACGAGCAAUCAUGUUUGAAGAAGUAACUUACUCGAAAAACAAAAUCUCUGAUUUGCUUUCCAUCAUUAAUGGAUUCAAAUCGUCAAAAGAAAUUAUUGUCUUGCUGCAAGAACAUGAGGUUCAAAGUCAGUUUCUUCAAAACAUCAUAAAUCGUUUUCCCAACAUAGGUCCUCUCUUGAAACGCUUUGACGACGCUUUCGAUCAUGCUGAUGCUGUAAAGGAAGGAAAGAUUAUUCCUAAAGACGGUGCUGAUUCUGAAUACGACCAGGUGCAGGUUGAUUUGGAAGAAGUAAAGAAUGAAUCAGAACGUUAUUUGAAGCAAAUAACUGGUCAGUUGAAGACGCGCGUAUCAUACUUCGGAUCAGCUAAAAACCGCUUUCAGUUGGAAGUAUCUGACAACACUAAAGUACCCAGGGAAUUCGAACUGAGUUCAUCAAAAAAGGGUUACAAGCGUUACAUGACUGCUGAAACAAAGGAGUUUUUGGAUCGAAUUCAACGAAUUGAAACUAAACGAGAGGAAGUACUGCGAGAUAUUACUCGAAGAGUUUUUGAAAAAUUUGACAAGAGCCACGACACGUGGAAGGUUGCAAUUUCUUGUAUUGCCGAGUUAGAUGCAAUCAUAUCUUUAAAGACAUUUUCCGAGUCACAAGAAGAAAUGUGUCGACCGAAAGUGGUUUUCAGUCGCAAGCCAUUUUUCAAGCUCAAGAACGGAAGACAUCCCUGCAUGGCUGUGGAGUCAUAUAUCGCCAAUUCGUGUUACUUGGGAGUCUCACGCCCAAACAAUGCUCCUUUUGGAUGCUUUUCUUUGUUGACUGGACCUAAUAUGGGUGGAAAAUCUACUCUUAUGCGACAAGUGGCUCUUAUUGCUGUUUUGGCUCAUAUGGGAUGCUACGUUCCUGCUACUGCAUGCGAAAUGAGCAUCAUUGACCGCAUAUUCACACGCAUAGGAGCAUCUGACAAUCUCGGAGAUGGAGAAAGUACUUUCUUUGUUGAACUGAGUGAAGCCAGUGCUAUUUUGCGUCAUUGUACCAAAGACUCUUUGGUUCUCAUGGACGAAUUAGGCAGAGGUACUGCUACUUAUGAUGGAACCGCAAUUGCUCAUGCAGUUGCUACGAAAUUGGCAAAUGACGGGGUUCGAACCCUAUUCUCAACACAUUAUCAUACACUCGUGGAAUCUAUUCAACAUCUCCCAAUGAUCCAACUUGGACAUAUGGCAUGCAUGGUGGAGAAUGAGAAUGAAGAAGACCCUACGCAAGAAACCGUUACCUUUUUAUACAAAAUUGCACCUGGUCCAUGUCCAAAGUCGUACGGAUUCAAUGCUGCGAAAUUAGCUGGAAUGCCUGAUGAAGUUAUCCGCGAUGGUCAUCUUAAAGCGAAGGAAUUCGAAACUAUUACCAGCAAUGUGACCACAUUUCGCCAGAUUAUUGGAGAGGACAAGUUAUCUCUUCAAAAUGCUAUGCAAAUUUUGAAGAUUUAAAACUAGAUUAUUUUAUAACCAUUCUUAUUGACUACUACUUCCCAUGCAGAUAUUUGAAUUUAAAACUGAUUACCUUAAUAUUGAUCUCACAAUGUUUACCACCUCACGUACAGAUAUUCUCAUUGUUUUAAUUAAAACUUUUUUUUACUAACUUAAAUUUUUGUCAAAAGUAAACUUCGUAAAUGAUGUGAUAGGAGAACAAUUUACCUGAUAAAUGUAUGCUGGUGACUAAAAGUUCCUAACUGAAAAUCCCACAAAAAAUUUGAGCUUUGUUUGACUUAUCUUCAAAAUUGUUACAAGAUAUGGUAAAAUAAAGAAGAAUGUGAUGUUGAUGCUUGUAAAA